AUGAUGGCAAUCUCGCCCCUACAAAUUCUUGGAUUUCUUCUCAUUCUUGUAUCAACGGCAAGGUCUGAACUAGAUUCGGAUGCUGAAAGUCGAGCUUUCAUGCGCGCACAGUGCAAGGCAAUGUGUUUAAAGCUAUUUCAAUCUCCUGAUAAUGCUGUUAUCAGCAAAAUUGUAAAUCGACUUGGGGUUCCAAAUGACUUAGCACCCGACUGCUUCCAAAAUAAGAAUAACACUUGCAGUAGUAAUUGUUUCUUCGCCUGCGAUAAACCACCAAGUCUUUGUCAUUCAACUUGUUCGAUUGGACAAGUGGACUCUCUGGGUUGCAGUUUGGGCUGCCUUCUCUUGUCCGACAUUCAUGCCAACCGACCAGGUGAAUGCCCUUUGCCGCUUGCAGAGUCCGUAUUGCCUGAUGUUCAGGCAGAUCUGUCCGCUCCCGGUCUAAUCCUUCCUCGUCCACCACUGUGUGAUAAGUUAUGCACUACUGAUUCAAGCUGUCCCCAUUCUUUGCAUAAAUGUUGCUCGUUCGGGUGCAAUAGAAGGUGUACAAUGCCCAUCUUCUCGGAUGACGUCCCACCACUUCCCUCCAGAUUAGCUCUUCACCCAGUUCCUAACAAACCCGACAACAUUCAGCUCUCAUGGAGUGCAACCCAUUCCAACUUUAGUCAUCUUCAAGAUCCCGUUGUCUAUAUUCUUCAGCUGAGAUACUGUAAAUGCAAACGGUUUAGUGAGAAACUAGCCACCCCUUGGCAAACUAUUAUAAUGGCGGUUGAUACAACACCAACUGUAGAUUUUCCUGACCCCGAACUUAAAUAUCAGUUUCGAGUAGCUUCUGUAAGCACAAAAGGGAGUAGAGGAUUUGGGACUCCAUCAAAACCCUAUCAACCAUCUAUCCAAAGUCCUUUGGUGUCUCAACAUUCGCCAUCUCUUCCGACACCUAGACCUCAACCACCAAGAAAUGUUACUGCUACAAAGUGGCGAAUACAGCCGAAUGAGGAGGUUAGUGUGAGACUUAGUUGGACUCCUCCAGAAUCGAAUGACCUCAAACUUAUACAUUACUCUAUUUCUUGGGCGUUGGAUAAUGGCUAUCCGGCGACUUCCAGCAACCUACCUCUGAAAAAUUCAAAUGUUCCUUUCGUUCAGACUGUUCAAACGGAAGAAAAUGAAAUCACAAUUAAUGGACUUCGACCUGAUUCCUCAUACAAAGUCCAAGUUAUUGCAAUUUACUUCCACGAGGGAGAGAAUUUGGAGUCCCUUCCGCAUAACUUCUUCAUCUCUACACAAUCUCUGGUUCCUACCCCACGUCAGCACAAUAUUGGAUUUGAGAAACCUAGACAGCUACCGUUAUCAAGUUUCAAUGAUGACAAUCAUGACAGUGCAGAUUGCAGGUGCAGUGGACUGGAGAAGAAUGACGAGAGAUUGGAGAUCAAGCCCCCAGAGAUCUAUGAUGCUGAUCUCACUGCUCUAGUCCAACUCAAAUCAUUUUCUCACAUGGAUAGUCAAAGCUACAACAUCAAGUGGUUUCCCCAAGUCUGUAUUGACUCGGUCGAAAAUGCCCCAACGUUGACUCAACUUGGAAUCACAAAAGUGCGAUCUGGAGUGCCAUUUGAAGAGAGCGAAGUUCUAAAAGCUACUGUUAGGAAUCGGAUAUUCCGAUUGACGAAGUUGAAAUUCAACUGUGUCUACAUGGUGUGGUUAACACCGGAGGAUACAUCUCAAAGGUAUCCACCAAUGUCUAGACGAAGGCAAUCUCAACCCCUUCUAUCUCCAAUUAAUGGACCGUUAUCUAACUCCGCUGAUGUGGUGGCUGGGUGCUUCUGUACUCGGUCAUGCCGAGAAACAAAAACGGCGUUGGGAACGAAAUCAAUUGAAUGUCCCGCGGCUGAACCGGAACCUCCUCAACCCCCACGCGGUAUUCAGGUUGAGCUGGUGAACUAUGAUCGUCUCGACUACCAAGUUUCCUGGCAUCCUCCAGUCCCAACAAAAUCUCCAAUUCUUCCCUUCCCCAGUGGUGUGAGCCAUCCCAAUGUCAUUUCGGUUCAACCUUCUCCAACAACAUUCACACGAUACCGUGUUCUCUGGGCUCCUCGAAAAGAGGAACCUGUGGAUGCCUCCAUGUACAAUGAUGAGGCAGGCUUCAAACCCAUUCCUGAUCUGCAACACUCAGAUGUCCGAGUGUUGGACAAGAAUCAAACCACAUUGAUUUUGCCCCGAUUGCGACCUCGAACGGUCUACAUCCUCCAAAUUCAGACCCUGGGAUCAACGAAUUUUGGACGGGAACGAGAAAGCCCUCCUGCGGUGCACUAUUUCAACACUCAUGACGAUGGUUUCCAUAUCAACGUGCGGCCGAAUGGUUAG